AUGGCGGGAACCACUACCACCGAUCGCUUCCACAUCAUCAACGGCAAGCAGCUCGCCCUGCUCAUCGCGCCUCUCAUCUGCUUCGUGGCUGCCUGCGCCGCCGUCGCCGCAAGAUGGUACACGCGCAGCGUGCGCAGGAUCAACACCGUCAGCGAGGAUGCCCUGAUGCUGGCCGCCCUGGCCAUGAGCUUCGUCGUAGUCACCAUGGUCUACGUCCUCGUCUUCCUGGGCGGCGAGGGCUUGACAAGCGACCAGAUAAGGGCCGACCCGACCAAGAACUUUGAUGUCGUGCAGCGCUUCUGGCUGCGGAUGCAGUUUGCCCUCGACAUUUGCUGGGCCACGUCGAUUGCAACCGUCCAAAUCGCCUUUGCCAAGGCCUACGUUCGCCUGUACGAGCGCAAGCGCGUCGCCCAGAUCGGCUGCUGGAUUUCCAUUGGCCUCAUCGCCAUCUGGUACAUCUGGUCCCUGGCCGGCUGGAUCAGCAUGUGCCAUCCGCCCGGCGAGUGCAAGCUGCAGAGCAAAAAGUCGUGCAUCAUCAUCGGCUCCCUGCACGUCUUCUUCAACAGCGUCGUCCUCUUCGCCCCCGUGCCCGCCGUUCUGGCAGCCGACCUGUCGGCCAAGAAAAGGGGCUCUGUCAUGAUCUUGUUUCUCCUCGGAUGCUUCUGCACCAUCCUCGCCGUACUCCGCAUUGACUGCGCAAUCAACGUAUUCGGCGAUGUCACCCAGGAUCCCAUCGGCGCGUCCUGGUGGCGCGUCUGCUUCUCGCCCAUUGAAGUCGCCGUGGGCAUCAUCUGCUGCUGCGUCCCCAACGUCCGCUCACUGCCCGCUUGGCGCCGCACUUCGCCCAUUGGGGGCAACGAAAACCACGGCCUGCGUCGCCUCAAGUUCCGCACAACCAGCAGCGGCUCUUCGACGUCCAAUCUCAACGAGCCUUCGCAAUGGAUGCCCCACGCCUCGAAACCACAAGCGGCCGCAUUCGUCACGCUGACCAACGAGUCAGACAGUCUGGAAAGAACGGCAUCGCUCGGCGCAAACGAAAUUAAGGUUACCAAAGAGUACAACCUCGAUCGGCUGUGA